CCAAAAGGGUCGUCCUUCCUCCUUCCUCUGCUGUCUGCUCUGCAUUCUGCAAUCUCGAUCUCUAUUUCAUCAGUCAACACCUGACGAAACCCCAAUUCCCUCUUCCUCGCCGGCCGCCGCCUCACCUCCCUCGCUUCGCCGCCUAUCGCGGUGCUCUGGCAGUCAUCAAUUUCAGCCGCCUUAGUCUUCUGUCUGUUCUGUUGAAACGAAGACUAAACCCUAAAAUUUGCAGAUUCGAGUCGUAAUCCGCCGCCUCGCCUUCGUCAUCCGUUCUCAGAUUCUCCCCUGCGGCGUCAUCUGCUCAGACUGCAGUCUUCGGCUUCCCUCCAACCUCCCAAGCUCCGCUCCUUUUUGCUAGUAUAAGCUGCUUUGAACCUUCAGGAUGUACAACGGGAUAGGAUUGCAGACGCCAAGGGGGUCGGGAACUAAUGGUCACAUCCAGACCAAUAAGUUCUUCGUGAGGCCAAGGACCGACAAGGUUGCUCAUGCUUCCAGGGGAUUCGAUGAAGACCAAGGCACUGCGGGGAUAUCCAAAAAGCCCAACAAGGACAUCCUUGAGCACGACCGCAAGCGGCAGAUCCAUCUCAAGCUCGUGGUGCUUGAAGACAAGUUGAUUGAGCAAGGUUAUACCGAUGCGGAGAUUGCUGAGAAGAUGGAGGAAGCAAGAAAGACGUUGGAAGCAGCAUCGGCCUCCGAGGAAAGUGGUGGACCUACUUCUUUGAUCUCAGGGGAUGCUAAGAUUUCCAACACACAGUCUCACCAAGUUGCUGCGAGAAAGGAGAGGCAGAUGGAGACAUUGAGGGCUGCUCUGGGAAUUCAGUCAACUGAUCCAAACAAAGAUAUUGCUGAGUUGAGCGAUGAUGGACCAUUUACUGGUGGAAAGAGUGGUCUUAAGAAACCAGAACAUUCUUUCCUGGAUAGGGAUUUCAAAUGGAAGAAAGAUGCUGCAGAAGAUCUGGACAUUGAAAGGGAUGAUAAGAAGCGGGCAGCUGGUGCUGCGAAAAGUAGGAAGAAAGGAGAGGAAGCUGAUGAGGCAGGACAAGAUAGAAGGGCGAAAUCCAAGAGAAAGAAGCAUCAUCACAAUUCAGAAUCUGACGCUAGUAGCAGUGCGGAGGAGGGUGAAGUGGUUCGAGGGAAGCAUGGCAAAGUCAUACGUGUUAGUCGUAGUGAUGAGGCCGACAGUGAUUCAGAUUAUGGCAAGAAGAACAGAGCUUCAAAGAAGCAUAACAAGAGCAGAAAACAUAAAAUAUAUAGCAAUGAUUCUGAUUCUGGCCAUGAUACUGACUCUGAUGAUGGGAAGAAUAAAAUUUCAGGCAAGCACAAUAACAGCAAGCAUGGCCGCAAGAGGGAUGACUCAUCUUAUGAUGAUGAUACUGAUUCAGACAGUGGCAAGAAGAAGAAGCCGAAGAAGAAGGAUAUCUCAAGGAAGCCUAAGAAAAUUAGAAGUGGUAGUGAAACUGAUGAUUCUUCUGCCGAUGACAGUGAGGGUGAUGCUGCCAAGAAUAAUCCAAAAGUUCAAUCAGAGAAAAGGCACACUGAUGAUGGGAAGGAUAAAAUUUCAGACAAGCACAAAAACAGCAAGCAUGGGCGCAAGAGGGAUGACUCAUCUUAUGAUGAUGAUACUGAUUCAGACAGUGGCAAGAAGAAGAAGCCGAAGAAGAAGGAUGAUUCAAGGAAGCCUAAGAAAAUUAGAAGUGGUAGUGAAACUGAUGAUUCUUCUGCUGAUGACAGUGAGGGUGGUGCUGCCAAGAAUAAUCCAAAAGUUCAAUCAGAGAAAAGGAGCAAAUCUCAGAGGAGGCGUGACUUUGACUCUGAUGAUGAUUCUGGAUCGGAGUCUGAGCCAUCCAGGCAUAGGCUUGAGGAGGCAAGACAGCAUGCCAAAACAAGAAGGCGACAUGACUCUGAUGAUGACUCUGAUGUUGAUGUUUCGGCUAAGAGGAAAGACACCCUUAAAAUGCUCAAAGGUCAUAGUGAUGUGAACCAAAGAAGAGAAAAGAGAAAUUCUGGUGCAGGAGCCCAUUUGAAGAACCGAGACUCUGACAUGGACAACGAAUCAAGUCCAAAGAAAAAUAGAGAACGCAGAUGGGAAUCAACUAAGAAUGUUGCUAAUGUUGAUUAUGACUCUGGCAGUGAUGGGUCUUAUGAAACAAAAGAGAGGAUGAGGAAUAAGGAGAAACAUCAUUAUGGAGUGGGAGAAGAGAAGCAUGAUCUGGAUGUUGGGAAGCAGAUUGUUCAGAGAGAAGCUGGUCGUCUUAAGAAAGAUCAAACGGUUGGAGAAGAAUUGGAUAGUAAAUUUUAUCGAGAUGAUGGUCAUGGUCGUUACUCUAGGUCGCUUAAUUCCAGGGAUGGUGUCUCUGAGAAGGUUGGGGAUGCAGAGAGAACGGAGUAUAAGGCUGAUGAAUCUCCAUAUGGAAGUCAAAUCCACCAACGAUAUCAUGAAGGAAAUGACAGGGAGAAUAAGGACCUUAGGGAAGAGCGGCAAAAGUAUAACAAAAACUCCAAGGAAGAAAGGGGGAGGGACAAAAGCUACACCAGAGAAGAGCGGGGAAGAGACAAAGAUGUUGUUAGAGAAGAGCCUGGAAGGGACAGUUCGGAUGCUAGGGAAGAACGUAGAAGAGACAAACGAGGUCCUAGAGAUGAGCAUCUAGAUGAUAGAAGGGACAUCCGAGAGGAACAUGGAAGAGAAAAAAGGGACACCAGGAAAGAGCACGCUGGUGACAAAAGAGAUGUGAGAGAAGAUCGUCGAAGUGAUAAAAGGGACGUUAGGGAAGAAUGUGGAAGAGACGAUCGUGACAGCAGAGACAUUAGGGAAGAACGUGGAAGGAACAGGAGCCAUGCUAGGGAGGAAGAAGAUGGUCAUAGAAUUAGAAGGUAUGAUAAAGUUGAACAAGAGGGUGAGCAACGGAAAGGCUUUACCGACAAUGAUGAUGUUCAAAAGCGUGGAGUUCUGAGGCAUGAAAGGGAGGAAGAAGGGCAGCAACAAAGUAGAGAUGAUGGGUUGGUUUCCUCCAAGAGAGCCCGACAUGAUGAUGAGUCACGUUAUGAAAAUGACAGACGCAGUGACAGUCGACGCCGCUACCGGGACUGACCGUCUCCUGUUGCAUGAAGCUAUUUAAAUGUAGGACAUCCAUUGAGCAUGAGCAUGGGUCGGGUGCAUAGCAGACAGGAUGGUGAAAUGAAGAUGGUGGAGAGGACUAUCCUUAUUAUGUGUGGACAGUGGCCAACUGUUUUGAAAGAAGCAGCAGAUAGCGUAUCUGUGUGGUACAAGAACCGGAUUAAACCUCGAUACGAUCAGCAGCUAGAUGCCGGAGUUUCCUCAUUCCAUCUGUGCUCCAAGUACGGCAGCCAUAGAAAACAAAGAAAAGCACGGCUACCAUAUCGAAUGUGAUCCGUGGCUUUAUGUAGAACAUAAUGAUUUUACUAGAACAUGUUUACGUUGUUUGACGAUUGGGCUUGGAACAAAUUGCAGAUUUUGAGAUUGUUGAGAUGUUGCCAUCAUGUCAAUAACUUCUUAAUAUUCAGUUGCUAUGUUUCAUGGGAUGCAUAUGGUUGCAGUAUUUACCCAC